AGAACAUAGACAAAUGUUAAUGAUGGGUGCAUCCUCUGUGGCCGCCGCAAGAGUUACUAGGUUUCUGCCUAGCAACCGCUGGGACUCGAGGCUUGUCGGGCAACAUGACUCGAGUGUUGGUGAUGUUGAGUUUGAAUUUCUUGAUGAUGGGGAAAUGUUGCUUGCUCAAAGUGCUAGCAGUGAUGAGUGUGGUCACCCCCAUGAAAUUGAGUUUGAUGAAGUAGCCAAGGAUCACACUGAAAGUACCAUUGAGGAGAAUAGAAGCUUCUGGGACAACCAACACCAGCUUUUGCAGACGAGUAUAUGCAGAACGAGUUCUUUGGAGUCAAGGAUAAGGCAAGCCACCAAAGAAGCGCUUCUGGAAAGUCAAAAAGCAGAAACUGUGUGUGGUUGUGGGAUACAGAUGGGUGCCACCACUUGCAGAAAAUGUUUGAUGAGAGAAGUUACUAGGCGGCUUCAGAAAGCAGGUUAUAAUAGUGCUAUUUGCAAAACAAAAUGGAGAAGCUCACCAGAUAUUCCCUCAGGGGAACACAAUUUUUUGGAUGUGAUAGACAGCACAAGCUCAAAGAAAGGGGAGGUGAGGGUGAUUGUGGAGCUGAAUUUUCGAGCAGAAUUUGAGAUGGCGAGGGGAAGUGAGGAUUAUAACCGACUUGUGCGGAGGCUACCAGAGGUAUUUGUGGGAAAAGUAGAGAGAUUAAGCAAUUUAAUAAAGAUUAUGUGCAUGGCAGCCAAAAGGUGCAUGAAGGAAAAAAAAAUACACAUGGGACCAUGGAGAAAGCAUAGGUACAUGCAAGCCAAGUGGUUGGGUCCAUGUGAAAGGAACACUUCAACUACUUCCCUUUCAAUGGGAUAUUCUGAGAGGAUACCAAUGCCAAAGGCAAAGCCUAAGGCAUCUAUGUUGACUGUUGAUCUUUUAGAGAAGCUUCCUAAUAUUCAUUGUACAGCGGUUGAGGUUGUGUAAUUGUAAAUGGGAUAACCCUACUUUUUUUUCUUCCUUUUUCUUUUGCCAUUUUCUUCCCCUUCCUUUCCAUUUGGUGAAUAUCAAAUGAGUAGUUUGCAGUAAUGCAUACACAUGUACUUAAAAAUAAUUUGCAGAAGUGAAUGUGCAGUUCAAAUUAAGCUGCUAUUAAAGCUCAUGAGUACAUCCGUAAACAUAAGAAAAAUAUUUGUUUUAU